GCGUUAACGAGUAUUUGUUUAGUGCAUACAUUUAACCCACUCUCGGCGGGCGUGUAGCGUCGUAACGGUGGCAAAUCCAACGCUUCCCAGUCAUGCGUUGGAUCUGGGCUGCUGUGGUGGUUGCGGUACUAGCAGCUGCUAACCUUUCGGCCAGUGAUCCCUCAACCACGCUGUCUUUCGAAAGCCUUUCCUCGCAGCAGCAGCAGCAGCAGCAGGAAAGCGACCAAUCCGACGCACUGAUUGCCACCAUCUUCGCCACCAUCGACCAUCUGGACAUCGUGAAUGGUGCCGCGGGCGCAGCGGAAACUCAACUGCUGCAGCAUCGCACCGUCCGGUGGUUCGACGGGGAACCGGCGACGCUGUGCGGCGCCCCACCCGCCAGUGAGCAUUCCGAGUGCUUCGCCCCAUCCGAACGUCCAACCGAUCGGCACCAGUGGGAUGGAGCGCUGGCCGGGGCAGGCCUCAUCCUGUACGGUUCGGUGGCGAAAUUAGACCGCUACGCGUGUCUGUUCGAACCGGCCGGGACGUAUCUGCUGGUGGACGAGCCGUCCCGUUCGCCGCUCGAGCAGGCGCACCUUCGCCGGCUGCUCGGGACGCUCUGGACGACACGGGGCGCGUACCGGGUGUACGUGCGUGCCCGGGGGCAGCUGUACGGGUACGAUCCGUUCCGGCGGCCGGCCGGUGCGGCCGAGUACGGUGCGCUGGUGCAGCUGGAGGAUGGCCGACCGCUACCGACCGUACCGCUGACGGACUUUGGCGGGUAUCCGUUGCGGAUCGAGGUGUUCCGCUCGGUGUACAGCAGUCCGGACGAGCGGGCCAGCGCGUCGAAGGCGGACCAGAUCACGUACAGCGGGCCCGACGUGAUGGCACGGGACGUCUUCUGUCGCGCCCUUAAUGUUACGGUGAUACCGGUGCCGGCCGAUCGGGACCUGUUCGGCGAUCGGCUCCCGAACGGCAGCUUUACCGGUGCGCUCGGGCGGCUCGUGCGGCGCGAGGUCGACAUCGUGUUUACCGGCUUCUUCAUCAAGGAUUACUUUGCGCGCGACGUCGAGUUCACUGCCGGCCUGUACUCGGACGCGGUCUGCUGCCUGGUGCGGAAGGCGAGCCGCAUCCCGGAGGCGCUGCUCCCGCUCUACAUUUUCCCCGGCGACAUCUGGGCGCUGCUCGGGGCGCUCGGCCUAGCCUGCGCGAGCGUGUGGGCGCUGUUGCGCUGGUGCGUCCGGCACAUCAAACCCCCGGCCGGGGGGCUCUGGUCGCGGCGGCACCGGCUCGCCGUGCUGUUCAAUCUGCCGCGCAGCCUGCGGGCGGCCGGCCCGGUCCGCCGCACCGUCCAGCUGUACGUGGACAGCUUCAUACUGCUGGUGAGCGCACCGUACCAGCGCUUCACCCGGUCCGGCGUCGAGCGGCUGUUCCUCACCGGCCUGCUGCUCGUCAGCCUCAUCUUCGUCUCGCUCUACACGUCCGGGCUGGCGGCCGUGUUCGUGAACCCGCUGUACUACCCGGACAUUGGCACGCUGCAGCAGCUGGACGAGAGCGGCAUGGCGAUCCCGGUCAAGUACCGCGGCUUCCUCGACGACGUGUUCGCGGUCAACUACAGCCGGCUGAUGGAUUCGCUGCGCGCCCGCAUGCAGCACCUGCCGGCGAAGGAGUCGAUGCUGGCGCGGGUCGCCCGGCUCGGCAACAUCGCGACCGUGACGCGCAGGACGACGCUCGCGCUCGACAACGCGAUCUACCUGACGACGCGCCAGCUGCACAUGGUGCCGGAGUGUCCGCGCACGUACAACCUGGCGUACGUGAUGCCGCACCGGUCCGCGUUCGGCGAGCAGUUCAACAAGGUGCUGCUGCGCCUGGUGGGCGGCGGGCUGGUCGACCACUGGAUCGAGCAGGCCCGGUACGGCUGGACGCUGCGGGACUGGCGCGUCGCGCGGCGCAUGAUGGAGUCCAACUUCAAGGUGCUGACCGUGCUGGACAUGCAGUUCGCGUUCUACGUGCUCGCGAUCGGACUGACCGUGAGUGUGGCGGUGAUCGGGGCCGAGCUGGUGCACUUUCACCGGGCGCACCGAGGGGACGGGCACGGUGUCAAUGUAUUGCUGAGGAAGUAACUAGAGGGAGGGAGGAGCGACGUGUAAUAAAAACUGGACUGGAACAUGCAUUUGCGGGUUCUAUUAGACCUUCGGGCGUCAUGCAAACAUACUGGAACUGAUCACUAACGCAUACCGCGUCCUGGAACUGAUCCUGGAACUGGUACUGAAUCCACAUCGAUCCUGGAACUGAUCAUGAACAAACCUGCAACCUUGCGCUGCUGCUGGUCGACAUCCAGGAAUCGACACUGCGCUCACGCACACUACCACGCCGCACUUAGCGAUGCGCGCUAAGUGUGUUCAGAGCGCACCUAACGCAGUGAGUGAGUAUCAGGCAACCGGCGGCCCCAUAAUUCAAUGUAUUGUGUUUAUUUAUUAUUUUAAUUCCGUCAAUAAACGUGUAAUAAGUUCAAAGAUAAAAAUACCCAUAAUAGUGCAAGUUGCUCAGUUUAAGUAAUGUAAGUUGAAGUAAAAAAAAAAAAAAACACCGCGCACCCUCGUUAGCCAGCUAGCGGAUCCACGUCAUGCGGUUUAAGAAUGGCUUGUUCCUCGUCUGUCAUGAGCCACGCCGUGAUGCCGUCCGGCAUGAGCGUGCACCACACGUAGAGGAUAUCCCCCGGAAUUCUGCAAACAAAAUAACAGAAUCAGAAAUCCACUAACACAGCACACACGGGCAAUCUCACUUACUGGUGCCAGGCCUCAUUCGCUAACUCGUACACUUUGCACAUGAUGCGCUCCGCCGACAGGGCCGCGAUCGGAAGGCCAUCCCGCAGCCACUGCAAGUUGACGACGAGCGUCCCCUUCACCACUACCUGCCUGCCGUCGGUCGUAGCGAGCCGGGCCGUCCGGUACGCACUGUCGAUCGCCACGUAGUCGGAGGAGAGUUUGGGCACCACGCGCGGCAAAAACGGGCGCUGUUCGCGAAGGUACGCACGCAUCAGCGAUACGUCCGGCACGGUGUCCCGCAGGAAGCGCGCAAAGUGUCCCGACCAGCCGCAAUUUACCGAAUCCUUACGGUACGCGGCCAUAACCGGCCUGUACGGCGUAUAACCGGCGGCAGGGGAAGGAACCGCUGUAAGGGAAGGUGCAUCGGAACGAGAAAGCGGGGGAGUAGAAAGGGCGUCUCAAGUACGAAGGGGCAAUGGGCAGCAAAGCUUCACUAAACUGUGGCGCGCGGUCUCUUACCUGCCAUGAAGUUCAGGGGUACCAUGUACACGUCGACGACACUGCCUGAGUCGCACACGCACGACUGGGCGAACAGCUCCAUCGUAGACAUGAUGACGGGAAUGUUGGAAUUUCGAAACUCUGCUUUGUCCUUGAGCUUGAGAAGCAAAUGAAACGCAAUGUGCGCUCGAACCGAUCGGUAGGUCGUCCUCAAAACUGCACCCGUUGGUUGUUUACACUUGACAAACGCACAUGCUCAAGCUUCCGACGCACAUCGUCUCGUAGGCGUACCCAGGCGCCACACAGGUUGAAGAUAGGUUACCUUCAGCAAAAACCACAAUCUCGGCCCAGCACCAAACUCUGUGCGUACGCCGUCGUGAGAAUCCGAUGCAGAAUCCAGCACCGGUGGCCAGAAUACAUGCCCCCGUGGCCCAGUGGAUGCAACACGAACGUGCGUCGGUGCGUGUUUCGCGCGAAACUCCUGUUUUCCUUGCGCAACUGCAAUCGCUGCCAGCAGAUGGCGCUCGACGUGCUCCACAUACACCAGCGCGCACUUGUAACCAAAGUGUGUGUGUGUUCGUGUGCGCGCGUGUGUGUGUGUGUGUAUAACACUAGCACAUAAAAAGGAGUGCGAAAUUUGGCAGCCGUUUGGCACACAGUGGAACGCUGGGGUUUAUCCAGGCUCGGUGGGACUAGUGAUGGGAAAAAUGACGUUCCCCAAAUAGCCAGCUCGUACUUAAUAGCUGAUUUAGGGCUGUUUAACGAAAAAUCGUUCCGAUGUCGUACUUUGUGGCUGAUUAAGAGAUAGGCGGUACUUUGCGGAACUAUGGAGCUUUUUAACAGGCACAUGGUACUCUUUGGAACUUUGCGGCUGAUUAACACUAUGUGUAGGGUUAAAUGAUGGAACUUUAAGGCUUGUUAAGAACGUGUACCGAACUUGGUGGAACUUCAUAGCUUUUUAAUGCAUGACAUCGGUACAAGGUGGGUCUUGUCAAAGUGUCAAAGACAGACGCCGCCAAUCAUCUCAUUGCUGCUGUACAAGUUAGAUUAGUUCUUUGAAGAAGGGAUUUUGAAGGAAGUGAUUGUUAUUGUACAGUAAAUUGUGAUACGUUUCGUGUAAUUUAUGAAUAUUAAGGAUUGAAAAAUAUACACAUGUACACAAACAAAACAAAUCCUGUUGUUUAUUUCAUCGAUGACGCUUGCUUGAAAAUAAAACACAAAGAAAAAUAAUCCCCGGCACCGUAGCUUAAGGAAGCUGCUUAGGCGCUAUUUAGAAGGACCGCCUGGAACUUUGAUGCUGUUUAUCUACUGCAAAAGGCGAAUUAGAGCAGCGAUCUUUAGCGUGCCAAAAUGAGCUGCUUAAGCAAUUCUGGCUAUUUGGGAAUAGCCAGCUCGUACUUUAUAGCUGAUUUGGGGCUGUUUAACGAAAAAUCGUUCCGAUGUCGUACUUUGUGGCUGAUUAAGAGAUAGACGGUACUUUGCGGAACUAUGGAGCUUUUUAACAGGCACAUGGCACUCUUUGAAACUUUGCGGCUGAUUAGCACUAUGUGAAGGGGUUCAUGAUGGAACUUGAAGGCUUGUUAAGAAAGGGUACUGAACUUGGUGGAACUUUAUAGCUUUUUAAUGCAUGUCAUCGGUACUAGGUGGCUCUGGUCAAAGUGUCAAAGUGUCAAAGACUGACGCCGGCAAUCAUCUCAUUGCUGCUGCACAAGUUAGAUUCGUUAAUUGAAGAAUGAAUAUUGAGUGAAGUGAUUGUGAAUUAUCAGUAAAUUGUGUAAAUUUGUGUGUCAAGAAAUUAAAAAUAUACGCAUGUGUUUAAACGAAAAAAAUCUUGUUGUUUAUUUCAUCGAUGACGCUUGCUUGAAAAUAAAACACAAAGAAAAAUAAUCCCUGGCACCGUGGCAUAAGGAAGCUGCUUAGGCGCUGUUUAAAAGACCCACAUAGAACUUUGAUGCUGUUUAUCCACUGCAAAAGGCGAAUUCAAGCAGCGAUCUUUAGCGUGCCAAAAUGAGCUGAUUAAGCUGAUUCUGGCUAUUUGGGAGGUCUCUUUUCCGAUUUUUGGGGCGAUUUUUGAUUUUCUUUCCUUUGGACAGUUGGCAAUUUGGCAAAACGAGCGUUGCAGGGUUUUGUUUUUAUUGCUUACAGUACACUUCUAGUUGUAUUACGUCUAGUAGUUUAGGUUCACUCUCUAGCGAAAGAAAGAAAAUCCGUGUAUGUACAGGUGCAUUGAAUGAAUCGGCUAAUUUAUAUUAAUAAAAAAAAACACACACACUCUUUUUCUCUUUUGCCCUUCCCCUCUCCUUCAUUAGCUAGUUGCGCGCAACGAACAGGAUUUGGUUGCUACAUGGAGGAGAAGAAGGAAAAAAAAAAACGAUUGCUCCGGCCGUCCCGGAGGUAAUUCGAGGAUUGUGGGGAAACCCCACACUCCAGCGUGGACGCGAAUGAAGCACGAACAACGAAUAAAUUUCAAUUGCAUUUCGUUUCCCCUCGUUUGCUGAUCCUCUCUCUGCGCUAAAUUUCGUUCAUCAAAUCCUUGGGUUUUUUUUUCUUGUUAAAGUAAUCGACGCAAAUCGAACUACUUUCUUGGUGAGGAGUGGUGUGCACUCCGAGCGGCCCAAUCUAUUUCGGUUCGGUUUCUAAGCUUUAAUACAACUCGCCUCCCUCCCUAAUGUGCUUGUAGGUAGGUGUAAGGCAGACGCUUAUUGCGAACGAAACAA